UCUCCUUUCUCCUCCUGUUUCACCACCUCCUGCAUCGGCUCUCCCGCCUGGAAGUGCUGCCAUGAGACGAUAUUUCUCCAGAUAUGGGGAUGGGAGUUUCAGUUCUUCGUCCGCUCACUGCGGGACCUUGGGUGGUGGAGACGGGAGAUUCAGAGGGUUUGAGCAUGGGUAUGGCAGCAGGAGCCUGCACAACCUUGGAGGCUUCAGGAAUGUCUACACUAGCGGAGGCUAUGGAGGGGAAGGAGUAAGAUAUGGGAGAUGCCUUGGGUUUAGUGCCUGGAGACAACCAGAGAGGGGCUUUGGGGGAAGAGGAUAUUUCGUGGGAGGUUUUCAAAGUGGUGGAACGGGGCUUGGUGGCACCUACAGAGGAGGCUCAGGCAGGGAGGUGCUCGGAGGAGGCCUUGGAGUAGGGCAGCAAGGAGCUGGACAGGGACAGGCUGGAGUUCUCCGAGGCAUUGAGGAGGUCCAUGUCAACACCAACCUGCUGAGGCCAAUACAGCUCCAGGUGGACCCCGAGUUCCAGCGAGUGCGCUCAGACGAGAGGGAGCAGAUCAGAGCUCUCAACAACAAAUUCGCGUCAUUCAUCGAGAAGGUCCAAUGCCUGGAGAGGCAGAACCAGGCACUCUUGGCCAAGUGGGAACUCCUGCAGCAGCAGAGCUCUGGCCCCGAGGAGAGCAGGAACAUCAACAACUUCUUCCAGUCCUACGUCACCAGCCUGCAGCGGCAGCUCGAGACGCUCCAGAGCCAGAAGGAGCAGCUGGAUCCCGAAGCCUACAACAUGCUCCAGCUUGUUGAGGAUUAUAAAAACAGAUUCGAGGAUGAGAUCAACAAACGCACAUCCAAGGAGGAGGAGUUUGUGGAGCUCAAAAAGGAACUGGACAGUGCCUACAUGGGAAAAAUGGAGUUUGAUGUCCGAGUGGAUAUCCUGAGGCAGGAGCUGGAGUUCCUACGGUGUUUAUAUGAAGCUGAGCUGUCCCAGCUGCAAACGGUUAUUGGGAACACGGAUGUUGUCGUGUCCAUGGACAACCACAGGGAGCUGAACAUGGAUGGGAUCAUCGAGGAGGUCAGGCAGGAGUACGAGGGCAUUGCCCACAGGAGCACAGCUGAAGUGGACGCCAUGUACCGGGGCAGGUACCAGGACCUGCAGAACAUGUGGGAGAAUCAGCGAGAGCAGCUGCGCAACAGCCACCAGGAAAUCCAGGAACUUGCUAGGCACAUCCAAAGGCUCCAACCAGAAAUUGAAAUCACAAGGAAAAGGAAUUCCAGCCUCCAGGACUCCAUCAGAGAUGCUGAGCACCGUGGUAGCUCGGCCAUCAGGGAUGGCCAGGAAAAGCUGCAGGAGCUGGAAAAAGCCCUCCAACAGGCCAAGGAUGACCUUUCUCAGCUCGUCCGAGAUUACCAGGAGCUCCUGAACGUGAAGCUGGGCCUGGACGUGGAGAUCGCCAUGUAUCGAUCACUCCUGGAGGAGGAGGAGAACAGGAUCCAGGAAGGAUCACCGGCCACCAUCUGUGUCAUUGACCACAAUGCCAGAGCUACAGGAGUCUUUGGAGGCAUAAAAAGUGUGAAGGGGAGAAUGAGCUCUGAUGGUACCAGUGGGAGCAGCGUGAAAGGGCCGAUCUCUGGAGGGGGGAAAGGUGGAAGCUCUGCAGGGAGUGGAUCCAUCUCUGGUGGGGGUGGAUCCAUCUCUGGAAGUGGAAAAGGCUCAGGAUAUGGAGGAGGAGGAAGCUCAGGUGGUAGAGGGUCCAUCUGUGGAGGAGGAUCCAGCUCUGGCAGUGGAGGGUCCAUGUCCAAGGGCAGCAGCAUCUCUGGAGGUGGAGGAUCCAGCUCUGGUGGAGGUGGAAAAGGCUCAGGAUAUGGAGGAGUAAGCUCUGGAAGUGGGGGAUCCAUCUGUGGAGGAGGAUCCAGCUCUGGCAGUGGAGGAUCCAUGUCCAAGGGCAGCAGCAGCUCUGGAGGUGGAGGAUCCAGCUCUGGUGGAGGUGGGUCAAGUUAUGGAGGUGGAAAAGGCUCAGGAUAUGGAGGAUCCAGCUCUGGCAGUGGAGGGUCCAUCUGUGGAGGAGGAUCCAGCUCUGGUGGAGGUGGGUCCAUCUCUGGAGGUGGAAAAGGCUCAGGAUAUGGAGGAUCCAGCUCUGGUGGAGGUGGGUCCAUCUCUGGAGGUGGAAAAGGCUCAGGAUAUGGAGGAUCCAGCUCUGGUAGCAGUGGAGGGUCCAUCUGUGGAGGAGGAUCCAGCUCUGGUGGUGGAGGAUCCAGCUCUUCUGGAGGUGGAAAAGGCUCAGGAUAUGGAGGAUCCAGCUCUGGCAGUGGAGGGUCCAUGUCCAAGGGCAGCAGCAUCUCUGGUGGUGGAGGAUCCAGCUCUGGUGGUGGUGGAUCCAUUUGUGGAGGUGGAAAAGGCUCACAAUAUGGAGGAGGAAGUUCUGGUGGAGGCGGGUCAAGUUAUGGAGGUGGAAAAGGCUCAGGAUAUGGAGGAUCCAGCUCUGGUGGCAGUGGAGGGUCCAUGUCCAAGGGCAGCAGCAGCUCUGGAGGUGGAGGAUCCAGCUCUGGUGGAGGUGGGUCAAGUUAUGGAGGUGGAAAAGGCUCAGGAUAUGGAGGAUCCAGCUCUGGCAGUGGAGGGUCCAUCUGUGGAGGAGGAUCCAGCUCUGGUGGAGGUGGGUCCAUCUCUGGAGGUGGAAAAGGCUCAGGAUAUGGAGGAUCCAGCUCUGGUAGCAGUGGAGGGUCCAUCUGUGGAGGAGGAUCCAGCUCUGGUGGUGGAGGAUCCAGCUCUUCUGGAGGUGGAAAAGGCUCAGGAUAUGGAGGAUCCAGCUCUGGUGGAGGUGGGUCAAGUUAUGGAGGUGGAAAAGGCUCAGGAUAUGGAGGAUCCAGCUCUGGUGGAGGUGGGUCAAGUUAUGGAGGUGGAAAAGGUUCAGGAUAUGGAGGAUCCAGCUCUGGCAGUGGAGGGUCCAUGUCCAAGGGCAGCAGCAUCUCUGGUGGUGGAGGAUCCAGCUCUGGUGGUGGUGGAUCCAUUUGUGGAGGAGGGAAAGGCUCACAAUAUGGAGGAGGAAGUUCAGGCAGUGGAGGUUCCAUCUCUGGAGGUGGCCAGGGCUCUGGUGGGUAUGGGUCUGGCUCCAGCAGUGGCAGAUGCAGCCCCCAAAGUGGAGGCAUGAGCUCUGGAGGUGGGAGUAGCUCUGGAAGGAGAGGCUCCAUGUCUGGAGGCGGAGGACAGGGAAGUUCAUGUCAUGGAGGUUCCAUGUCUGGAGGUGGGCAGAGCUCUGGGGGUUAUGGAUCUGGGUCCAGCAGUGGGAGAUGCAGUCCCCAAAGUGGGGGGAUGAGCUCGGGAGGUGGGAGCAGCUCUUGCAGGAGAGGCUCCAUGUCUGGAAGUGGAGGACAGGGAAGCUCUAGCAGUGGAGGCUCCAUGUCUGGAGGGGGCCAGAGCUCCGGUGGAUAUGGAUCUGGCUCUGGCAGUGGGAGAUGCAGCCCUCACAGUGGGGGGAUGAGCUCUGGAGGUGGGAGUAGCUCUGGAAGGAGAGGCUCCAUCUCUGGAGGUGGGCAGAGCUCUGGGGGUUAUGGAUCUGGGUCCAGCAGUGGGAGAUGCAGUCCCCAAAGUGGGGGGAUGAGCUCGGGAGGUGGGAGCAGCUCUUGCAGGAGAGGGUCCAUGUCUGGAGGUGGCCAGAGCUCUGGUGGUCAUGGAUCUGGCUCUGGGAGUGGGAGAUGCAGUCCCCAAAGUGGGGGAAUGAGAUCUGGAGGUGGGGGUAGCUCUUGCCGGAGAGGGUCCAUGUCAGGAGGUGGCCAGAGCUCUGGUGGUCAUGGAUCUGGCUCUAGGAGUGGGAGAUGCAGCCCCCAGAGUGGGGGGAUGAAUUCAGGAGGUGGGAGCAGCUCUGGAAGGAGAGGCUCCAUUUCUGGAGGAGGACAGGGAAGCUCUAGCAGUGGAGGGUCUAUGUCUGGAGGUGGCCAGAGCUCUGGUGGAUAUGGAUCAGCCUCUGGCAGCUGCAGCCCCCAGAGUGGGGGAAUGAGCUCUGGCAGUGGCGGGAGCAGCUCAGGCAGGAGAGGCUCCAUCUCUGGAGGAGGAAUGAGCUCAGGCCAUGGAGGGUCCAGUUAUGGCAGUGGUGGGUCCAUGUGUGGAGGAGAAGGAGGCUCAGGGUAUGGAGGCAGCUCAGGGUAUGGAGGAGGAAGCUCAGUGGUGGGAGCAGUUCUGGAGGAGGAAUGA